CCAACGUCACGAUUUCUACCCGCAACUUAUCAUUCUUGCCUAUCAAUGACUGAUGAAGAUCGCUACCAUGACCAACUCCACUGAUUAAACUAAACUCCUCGAUUAAUCCAUCUGCACCCAUCCAACGCCCCCCUAAUUGAGGGGGUCCGAGGGCAGAGCUUCCUUGCUUCCCCUCUCGGGGUAUAGCUGACCGGUUUGAUAUAUGAACCCCCCAGCGUCAGCUUCUUGGAAACUUUCCUCCAGAAAAAGUACGGGCAGAAAAUGGACAGUAGGGUACACCACUUGCCCAUCGAAUUGACUUGUCCACCCCUUGGCUGAACUCUCAUCAUCUCGUCAUACGUGAUCAAAUCUCCGUAUGGACCUGGAAUCCAACUCCGACCCCCUUAAACCGCACUUGGUUGAUCAAGAUGUGCAAGAUGCUCAUGAUCUCGCGGCGAUGGGCCAUGACCAGGCCCUCACGCGUAAAUUCGAUAUGUGGAGCAUGUUAGCCUUGGCAUUUUGCGUCCUCGGAACGUAUUCAACUUUUGCUCAGGAUCUCAGCAGCGGUUUGACCAACGGUGGCGCUGUGGCUAUUCUGUGGGGUCUGGUGCUGGUCACAGCAUGUAACCUCUGUGUCGCCGUAUCGCUUGGCGAGCUCGCCAGCAGUAUGCCGACAGCGCUGGGCCAGGCGUACUGGGUCUUCCGACUAUGGGAAACCCCCUUGGGUCGCUUUGCUUCGUACAUGUGCGCGUGGAUCAACACUUUCGGCUGGUGGACGUUGACCGCAUCACAAAUCGCCUUCAUGACCGAGUUUCUUCUUGGCAUGAAGGUCAUGUUCGAGCCCACGUGGGGGGGAGCCGGCACCGGGUGGCUGGAAUUUCUCGUCUACAUCGGCUGUGUGCUGCUCUUGACCGUGAUCAAUGUGGUAGGGUGCCGGAGGGAGAAAAUCCUCCCCUGGAUCAACAAUUUCGUCGGCGUGUGGUUCACCGGAUUGUUCGUCAUCCUGUCCCUGGCUUUGCUGAUCUCGGUCGGAGUGAAGAAAGAUCUAUCUUUCCAACCAGCAUCCUUCGUGUUCGGCAAAUGGAUCAACCAGACUGGCUGGAGCGACGGUGUAGUGUGGUUUACAGGGCUCGUCCAGGCCGCCUACGGUCUGACAGCGUUCGACGCGGUCAUUCACAUGGUGGAAGAAAUUCCGGCCCCCCGAAAGAACGCCCCUAGAGUUAUUUGGCUGGCUGUGCUACUUGGCGCUGUCACCGGUUUUAUCUUCAUGGUCGUCUGUCUCUUCUGUAUCCAGGAUGUGGACAGGGUGGUCGACUCACCCAGUGGACUACCUUUCAUUGAACUGAUGCUCGAGACCAUUGGGCUAAAAGGCGGCGCAACAUUGAUCGCACUAUUCAUCUUUAACGGCCUGGGACAAGGCAUCAGUGUCCUAACGACCGCGUCUCGGCUGACGUGGGGAUUCGCACGCGACGGCGGUUUGCCCUGGAGCGGAUACCUCAGCCACGUGGACCCCGUGUGGAAAGUGCCCGCGCGCUCCCUCUGGUUUCAGGGCGUUCUGAUCGCGUUAGUUGGAAUUCUCUAUCUGUUCGCAAAUACGGUGCUGGAGGCCAUCCUCAGUGUGAGCACCAUCGCGCUCACCAUCUCCUAUGGCAUGCCCAUCGCCGCUCUGCUCGUCGUCGGACGGGAUAAACUGCCCCCGGGCGAAUUCAACCUCGGGCGAUGGGGCAAGCCUCUGAACUGGAUCAGUGUGAUCUACUGUGCUAUUACCACAGUAUUCUUCUUCUUCCCCGGUUCCCCGAACCCAGCGGCGGGUGAUAUGAACUACGCCAUUGCCGUCUUCGGAGUGAUGGUGGUGGUGUCUGUCAGCUUUUGGUUCAUUCAGGGAAGUCGCACGUAUCUCAAGACGGAGGAUGCCAUUGCGCAGAUGAUUGUGGCGCAACGCUUGGAGAAUGAGGGGACAGUUGAGCCGGAUUCGAAGAAGAAAUAGACCAAUUGGUUAAGUGUCGGGAAGACAUUGUCAUUAUCCUCUACGCCGUUGUGUC